GAAUUUAUCGCAAAUUCGGCUCGGCAGAUCUUCAAGACGAACGCCCGGUUCGUCACAUUUCGUCAAGAACACAACGGAAACGGACUUCGGCAUUUACCGCAACAGUAUUUGCUGUGAUGCUAUAGUUAAUGAUAAUUUAAUAUUCUACCACGAGAAGCUCUUUACAUCAUCCUCGACUCGGCCGCGCGCACUUCCCACUUUCGCGUCAGAGCACCCGCCCAUCUUUGCGCCAUCCUCGUCUCCCAGCAUCACACAAUGGCGCAGCGCUUACCACCCGCGACGCGCAAUUUUCUCACCCGCCUCCCGCCAGCAGCCGCUUCACCGUCCUUCCUUCUACGCCCAAAAUCGACAUCCGCACCACCGCGCUCCUUCUCUCUACCAUCAAAACCAACCACACGCCGCUUAACAACAACCACCUCCCGCCCAUUCCUCCUCUCGGCCCUCUCCAACCUCGCCCCGAAAGGCUCCUCCUCCUCCCAACAACAACAACCCGCCUCCAAAACCCUCCGCGCCUGCCGCCUCCUCCCAUACCCGCCCCAGCAAAUCUACACCCUAAUAGCAGACAUCGACUCCUACCGCCAUUUCCUUCCCCACUGCGCCCACUCCCACGUAACCCGCUGGACAACCCCCACCUCCAGUCCCACCACCAAAUCAGACGGGGGAGAAGGGAACGACACACCACAACCACCAACAGCAGCAGCAGUGGCGACCACAUCAACAACAACAACAAGGUUACACCCGGCCCUGGCCGACCUGACCGUCGGCUGGGGCCCCUUCACGCAGACCUACACCUCGCGCGUAUACUGCGUGCCGGGGCAGGUAGUCGAAGCAGUCAGCGGCGCGAGCGCCGAGACGAGCAUCCCGCGCGAGACGCUGCGGGCGGUCGGGUAUAGCGACGCCGACUUGGAUUUGGACAUGCGGGUGAUGGAGGGCGGUAUCUUUGAGAGUCUCGUUACCCGGUGGACUGUUAAGCCUGUCCCAAGACUGAGGCAAGAAGAGGAGUACUGGACCGAGGUGACGCUGAGUGUGACGUUUCGGUUCGCAAAUCCCGCGCUGGGGUUUGCGGUGGGCCAGGUGGCGGAUGAUAAGGUGGACGAAAUGGUGGAGGCUUUUGAGGCGCGUGCGAGGAAGUUGUAUGGGCGGAGGUGAGGGUAGUCUGGGGGUCGGUUGGCGGAUUUGCUACCAACGCGCGGCAAACAGUUCAAGCGGCAUGCUGUCGUCGGUGGUUCCUCGAGGAGAGAUGGCGUGUCAUAGCCUUGAACGAGUCAUGUACACUGUGUAUGUUAUACCAUUUUUGUCUGUUUUUACCGGUUUACUAGAAGGGGAAUCUGCCUAUAGAACAUAGAAGCAGAGCAUAGAUAGAUCAAACAACAUCCAUCCAUGCAUAGCA